CGCCAUUGAUUGAUUCGUAGAGACGACAUUUUUUUCAUUUAAAUGCCUUCCAUCUUUAAAUGACUUUCAAUAAGAAAUUUCAAAGGUUUCAACUGUAAAUUGGUAUUGUAUAAAGUGAAACAAUUAGUAUCGUUACAUACAUACUCGUUGUGACGCAAACACCAAUACCACAAUCAAUUUGGAUCUUACUAAUCUUGUUCCACAUUUUGAAUCCAAUCCACAAAUAAGUUUCGUGCUUAAAGCAUUUGGCUUGAUAUGAGUGUGGAUUUAAUUUAAAUGCGACCACCUACGACAUUGACAUAGAGACAGAGAGCGGAAAGAAAAAAAACUGUUUGCGUGACUUUUACAACAACCAAUAACCAGAGUGUGCGUGCUAAUUAACAAACAGUAUAUUGGAGUUUUUAUUUACGUUUUUAUUUUAAUUUGGGACAAAAGUUAAAAACAAUUUAUUGUAUGAGUCAGAAAAUCGAAAGACCAGUACUAUCAGGUCAACGCAUCAAGACCAGAAAAAGAGAUGAAAAAGAGAAAUACGACCCCACGGGAUUCCGUGAUGCGGUCAUUGCUGGUCUUGAAAAGAGUGGCAAUGAUUUAGAAUCUAUAUCAAAGUAUUUGGACAGUGCUGGUAAUAAACUGGAUUACCGUCGCUACGGCGAGGUGUUGUUUGAUAUUUUGAUUGCUGGGGGUCUCUUAGUACCUGGUGGUUCAAUAUCCCAAGAUGGCGAAAAACCAAGUACUGAAUAUUGCAUCUUCCGCGCAUCUGAAGAUAUGGAAGCCAUGCGCCAACAAGAGCAGGUGUUCAUCAAGCUCAUGCGCCGAUAUAAGUAUCUGGAGAAGAUGUUCGAGGAGGAAAUGAAGAAAGUUUUGAUCUUCAUCAAGGGUUUUACUCCAAGUGAACGUACCAAACUGGCGCGCAUGACUGCACUUUGGAUUGCCAAUGGCUCAGUCCCGCCAACUGUUUUACUGUCCUUGAUCAAUGAGCAUCUCAUUAAGGAUGAAAUUGCUCUUGAUUUUCUAUUGGAAGUUUGCUCGACUUUUAAGCAAGAGAAGGGAAUUGCUUCAUUGGUACAAAUCUUAAAGAAAGGCAACGUUGAAAGCAGACUUAUGGACUUUUUCCCGCCGAAGAAGCAAACAGAGGAAUACUUAAAAUCAGUUUUCAUAGAGAAGGGCUUGGCAGAAGUAGUGAAGCUGCACAAGGCACAAGCAAGCUACGAAGCCAAGCGGGAAUUGACACAGGUUCUCAACGAUGACAUCCGAGAUAACAAAACGCACAAAGAAAUCAUUUCUGAUAUUCGUGAGUUGGCUCAAAAAUCUAAUAUUGCUGAUCAUGAAGUUAUCGGUUUGAUUUGGACGACGGUAAUGUCAUUGGGCGAGUGGAACAAAAAGGAAGAAUUGGUCACCGAUCAAGCUUUGAAGCAUCUCAAACAAUACACCCAACUGUUGAAGGCAUUCGCAACUACCGAAAAAGCUGAACUCUCUCUCAUAUUGAAGGUGCAAGAAUUUUGCUAUGAAAACAUGAAUUUCAUGAAAGCCUUCCAGAAGAUCGUUCUUUUAUUCUAUCAAGCUGGAAUUGUUUCAGAGGAAUCGGUUUUGAAGUGGUACAAAGAUGGACACUCGCAGAAAGGCAAGAUGCAUUUCUUGGAACAAAUGAAAAAGUUCAUCGAAUGGCUUCAAAAUGCCGAAGAAGAAUCUGAAUCUGAGGAGGAAGACUAGAGAGAUUUAGCUUCCAUAGAUCCAACAAUAUCCACUCGAGAACGCAAAUGCAAGCAAAAUCAUCAACACAAAGCAGAACAAAAAUUUAAACAACAACAACAACAACCAUUAAUCCACACCAGUAAAACUUAAUUCUAAAACUAAAUAAAAAGAAAAAAUGAUAAAGAAAAACUUCAAAAUAGAAAUGAGUUGAAUUUUCAAUUGCCAAAUGAUAAUCUUCCAAAUCAAAGAACUGACUAUCAACAGGUCACACAAUUCACCAAAAUACUUCUCAAAAUGUUUUUGAUCAUUUUUAAAAAUUUCAUGAAACGAACACAAAACUGUUUGAAUUAUUAUAGUUUUCAGUUGAAACUUUCAGCCGUGAUUAUUCUAACGAACCGAUAGCACGCGGAUUUGACGCCAGAUACUACUCCCAAGAUCUUUUAUUUAAAAAGAAGAAAAACCCGAUUUUUAUCGUCUCAUUUUGUAUUUAUCAAAAUCAAAUCAACUCAUUGUACGUAUUGUGAAUAAUAAUCAGCUGGUGUAUAACUGGUAAUGCAUAUAUUGGACACACCAUGCAAUAAAUAUCAAAACAAUAGAAUAAACAAA